AUGUACCGACCUGGCCCUACCCAGAAGAACUUCAAAGGAUCUGGCGAUAAAUUUCACCCUUUUUUGGAACAAUUCUCCCAAUUUCCAGAAAAUCCAUUCGUCCAUCGACGAUGCAUCGGCUACAUGAACAGCAAAGAGCAGCGCGAAUGGAGUCCCCAAAGACGCCGCAGCUUCUCCGUUAAAGACUGGAACACGUAUGAUACCAUGGAAAAUUUCAUUACCACGCUUCGUAAUUCGAGAAAAAGGGUCCGAAUUGGCGAAUUCGUAACAUCGUAUAGCCUUCUAAAUUGGAAGACUUUAGGAGAGGAGCGUACACGACGACACGCAUGGGCGGUAGCCAUCAUCAAACGAGAGGGAGGUCGUGGAAAUGCUCUUGUGGUAUACUGUUCUCAACCUGAGCCUUGCGAUGCAUGUCGAAAUCAUCUCCUAGCGAACGAAUAUCUAGAAAGACCUUGGUACCAACGAGAAAUGGUGAAAGUGCUGAGAGAAGAGAAAACACUAGACAUUAGAGAGGUUUGGUAUUCGACCGAGAAGGAAAGUGGGACUUUAAUGUGUGUGUUGCAUACUGGACGUUGGAUUGAGAGAAUGGUAUGGUUUGGGGAUAAGCUGCUGAAGAAGAACGACCCAAGAGUAGAAGGGUUUGUGAAGCUGUCAGAGCCAUGA